UUAAAUUGUGUCAUGGAUGUAAGCGAACUUGAGGAGAAUUUGUUCGCUGUUAGCGAUGCCAAGUUACAUAGAGACAUUUGCAAGGAGCUAUCCGCAGUUUAUUGCAAGGUACUGUCCAUCUUCCCUUCCUUGGAAGAGGCAAGACCUCGGAGCAAAUCAGGGAUUCAAGCCUUGUGCUCCUUACACAUUGCACUCGAGAAGGCAAAGAACAUUCUUCAACACUGCUCUGAGUCUAGCAAACUUUACUUGGCUAUAACUGGGGAUGCUGUACUGUUAAAAUUUGAGAAAGCAAAAUCUGCGCUUAUUGAUAGUCUUAGACGCGUAGAGGACAUUGUCCCUAGCUCUAUUGGCUCUCAGAUUUUGGAAGUUGUUGGUGAACUAGAGCACACCAAGUUCUUGCUUGAUCCAUCAGAAAAAGAAGUUGGUGACAGAAUCAUUGCACUCUUGCAACAAGGCAAGAAAUUCGACAACGCCACUGACAACUCCGAGCUCGAAAUUUUCCACCACGCAGCUACAAGACUGAGCAUAACUUCCUCUAGAUCAGCUCUAGCGGAGCGCCGUGCUUUAAAGAAACUCAUAGACAGGGCACGUGCGGAAGAAGACAAGCGUAAAGAGUCUAUUGUAGCUUACCUCUUGCAUCUCAUGAGAAAAUACUCAAAGCUCUUCAGAAACGAGAUCACUGAUGAGAAUGACUCUCAGGGCUCACCACCAGCUUCCCCCACUGGUAAUGAAGACCGAGCUCAUCACGCGUUUGGGCGUCAACUAUCUAAGUUCGGUUCUAUUAACUUUAAGAAGUCAGGACAGGCUCCCACUCCACCGGAAGAACUGAGGUGUCCCAUAUCGUUGCAGCUGAUGUGUGAUCCUGUCAUUAUUGCCUCUGGACAGACUUAUGAACGGGUCUGUAUCGAGAAAUGGUUCGGUGAUGGACAUAACUCUUGCCCCAAGACUCAGCAGCAGCUCCCACAUCUUUCCUUGACCCCUAAUUACUGUGUGAAAGGUCUGAUUGCGAGCUGGUGUGAGCAGAAUGGGAUCUCAGUCCCUGCUGAACCACCAGAGUCUCUCGACCUUAACUACUGGAGACUAGCACUGUCUGACACUGAAUCCGCUAAUUCAAAGUCAGUUGAUAGUAAAGGAUCUAGCACACUGAAGGCUCCUGAAACCGUUCCUUUGGAGGAGCGUAGCACUAUUGACAAAGAAGAUGUCACUGUGGCUGAUGAGGAGACUUCUGAGAUCAAUGUUCUAGAGAAGUAUCAGGAUAUAUUGGCUAUGUUGGAGAAAGAGGAGGACUUAGCUAAAAAGUGCAAAGUAGUAGAAAAUGUCAGGCUAGUGCUGAAGGAUGAUGAAGAGGCCAGGAUCCUCAUGGGAGCCAAUGGAUUUGUUGAAGCGUUUUCGCGGUUUCUAGAAUCAGCUGUUGAUGAAAACAAUGCAGCAGCACAGGAAACAGGAGCUAUGGCUCUAUUUAACUUAGCUGUCAACAAUAACAGGAACAAAGAGUUGAUGCUAAAUUCAGGAGUCAUCCCACUGCUGGAGAGAAUGAUCUCAUGUUCCCACUCCCUAGGGCCAGCAACUGCGUUAUAUCUAAACCUCUCCUGCCUUGAGAAAGCCAAGCCAGUGAUUGGCUCAAGUCAAGCAGUUCCCUUCUUUGUAAAACUUCUUGUUCAGGUAGAAAACACCGAGACCCAAUGCCAGCUGGACGCUCUUCACGCCCUCUACAACCUUUCAACCCACUCUCCCAACAUCCCCACUCUCCUCUCAUCUAACAUAAUCAAAACCCUUCAACUCCUUGCGUCAACAGGUGACCACUUGUGGAUAGAGAAGUCACUAGCCGUGUUACUAAACCUAGCCUCUAGCCACGAAGGGAAAGAAGAGAUGAUAUCAUCACAAGGCAUGAUCAACACUCUCGCAACGGUGCUAGACACUGGGGACACCAUCGAACAAGAGCAAGCCGUUGCUUGCCUUGUGAUCCUAUGCACGGGAAGCGAGCGGUGUAUCCAGAUGGUUCUACAAGAAGGUGUGAUUCCGUCUCUGGUUUCGAUCUCGGUGAACGGAAGUCCCCGUGGAAGAGACAAGUCUCAGAAGCUUCUGAUGAUGUUCAGGGAACAGAGGCAACGAGAACAGCCGUCGCUAAACAAAGAGGAAGCUCCCAGGAAAAGCGUAUCGGCACCGUUACCAAUGUCUGUAUCUGGUCAAGCUUCAUCUCCAGAGUCGGAAGGAAAGCCUUUGUUUAAAUCAAUAUCAAGAAGGAAGACAUUAACAAGACCAUUGAGGUUCCUCUGGAAGAAAAGCUACUCGCUCCACCAUUAAGAAGAGAAGAUAGAUUGGAGUGUUUGACAUUGACACACCCACUCAUGUAAAGUGUUGGUUUUGCUUUGUUUCAACUUUUACUACCUCUUACAAAGUCAUCUGCAUAGAUAAGAAAGAUAUGUACAGUACACUGUGAUUAACGCCAUUUUUGCUCACCUUCCCCUCUCACCAGAGAGUUAUACCCAUGUAGAUAGAGCUUACUCAUGUAUCAUCAGGUUUUUAUAUAAAUUUUAGUUCUUGUUU